AUGGGCUCGCCGUCAUGUCUCCAGAUGGCCUUGCUGGGCACUUACAUCUUCACGGCGCUUCUCCUAGUCGUCACCUCCGUAACGAUUGUUAACCUCUUUGACGAGGUCGGCGAAUUCCAACGACAAAUCGACGACGACCUCAAGCAGUUCAAAGUGCGUUCCAAUGAUGAGAAAAAAAGUCCACGAACUGUGAUUCAGAUGUAUGCCGACGAGUCGUGGACAGCUAUGAUCACAGAAGGAAGCGCGACACGAGGAAUUUUCGGAAAUGCCGUCAGAAUUCCUCGUCAAGCUUACGCCACUGGAGGAAGUAGCGCUGGAGGCGGAGGAUGCAAUUGUGGCGCACAAGCCUCGGGCUGUCCGGCUGGACCGCCUGGACCCGCCGGAAGCCCUGGAGAGCCCGGAGAGCCAGGAACUGCUGGUGAAGACGGCAAGGCUGGGUCGGCUGGUGUGGCCGAGUCGUCGAAAAAUUCCGAUUGCAUUCAGGUUCGACCAAGUCACUUCUUCGGCUUGUUAGCUUCUGAAAAAAGUUUCUUCACUUUUUGAAAAAGGCUUAAACCUCGCCUAUGUGACAGCUCAUCAAACGCUUUAGUGUCCGUAUUUUCCUGAAAAAUUAGUAUCGGCUUUUUUCAGUGUCCGGCCGGCCCUGCAGGACCAGUUGGACCAGACGGACCACCAGGACCAGCUGGACCGAGUGGCAACCCAGGACCAAGUGGUCAAGCAGGACAGCCAGGACAGUCCGGACCACCAGGACCGCCUGGAUCGCCUGGUCCUGACGGAGCUCCUGGAGCCCCAGGAAACGACGGCUCUCCUGGUUCUCCUGGACAGCGACAGAGCAACUCUCCAGGACCUGCUGGGCCAGCUGGAUCGGCAGGACCACCUGGUGAGUCGAUAUUGUAGAUCAUUCUAGAAUUAGUGAGAAAAAUCGACAGGUUUCGUCUCGGAAUGUAAUUUUUUCUUUCUCUAUGACUCUUGCAAAGAAGAUGAGUUAUACGAGACUUUGAGCGGUAGCAGUAGGUUGUAAAUUUUCAAACAAUUCGUUCGAACGUUUAAUAUUUCAUGAUCAUAUGUAUUUAAAUAGUAUUUCCAACUUUGAAAAUCUGUGCUCAUGUUUAGACUUCUAAUAAUGCUAGAAAGAAAAAACUCAGAAAAAAAACUAACAUUCUUUUUGGUAUGAAAACAAUAUUCAGGACCGGCUGGCGCUCCUGCUGGACCUUCUGGCCCUGGAGCUCCAGGCCCGGCUGGACCUCCUGGACCUGCAGGAAAUCCUGGAAGUCCAGGAUCAGAUGGAGGACCUGGACAACCCGGAACCGAUGGAGCACCAGGUAAGAAUUCGUAGUUGGUACUUUACUCAGUGGACACUCAGGAAGCGACGCCGCCUACUGUCCAUGCCCACCUCGUGGAGCUUCGGUCUCCGCGCGUGCAACAGGUUUAUUGA